ACACACAUAUAACAGUUAUAGCCAGUAUGGUCGUUUGUGCAGGUUUUCUUCCGUGAGUAGUGAGGUAGUACGGUGUUCUUGGCUAAAGAAUAAAACGCGAAAUAAUGAUUUGUCAUAACUGAGGUGAACCGAAGUCGGUGUAAUGAUUAAAGAUAUGGCUGAUGAUGGGGCCAUACAGGCCACAAACGAUGAUGCGAGUGAGUGUAAGAGGUACGCGGUGCAACUUGGUUACUGGUCCGAUCCAUUUAUCAACUUCUUCGUGAAACAAGCCGGACGAAAAGCACCUGAAAUCAACCGCGGUUAUUAUGCGAGAGUGAAAGGGAUUGAGGUGUUUGUCGACAAAUUUCUUAAGUUGUCUGGUGAGAAAAGCCAAAUCAUAAACUUGGGUGCUGGAUUUGAUACACUUUAUUGGAGACUUAAAGAAACAGGGAAAUGUCCAGCAAAUUUUAUAGAGCUUGAUUUUCCAAGUAUUACUGCUAGAAAAUGCUAUCACAUCAAGAAGAACAAACAGUUGAUAGAUAUGUUGAAUACAGAAGAUGGAGAAAUUAGGUUUUCAACAACAGAUUUGCAUGCCGCCAAUUAUCAUGUCAUGGGAACCGAUUUGCGGCACAUAUCUGAACUUACUAAUAAAUUAACACAAGGAGAAGUUAAUUUUAAUUUACCAACUAUGUUCCUUGCAGAAUGUGUCUUAGUGUAUAUAGACCCAAAUGCAGCUUCUGCAUUAUUAAAAUGGCUUGCUGCGAAAUUUCCAAAUAGUAUUUUCAUUAAUUAUGAACAAGUGAACAUGAAAGAUAAGUUUGGGCAAGUUAUGUUGUCUAAUUUACGUAGUCGUGGAUGUUUGUUAGCAGGUGUAGAAGACUGUGAGUCUUUGGAAACUCAACAAAGACGAUUUACACUAAAUGAUUGGGAAGGCUCUAAUGCAUGGACCAUGGUAGAGGUCUAUGAUUCACUGUCGCAAUCUGACCGUAGUCAAAUCGAGCAUAUAGAAAUGUUGGAUGAACGAGAGCUUUUAACUCAGUUAUUACAACAUUACUGUAUCUCGAUUGCUUGGAAUGGACAAACAUUUAAAAAUCUGUCUAUAGCACAGGGUUAGCUUUCCUAACUCUUAUAAGUUACUCCAGGUAGUAAUACCACAUCAUUAAAAAAAACUGUAUAAGCUUGUAACUAUGUGUGGCAACUAGUGAUGCAAAGUCAUUAUUUGUUCAUGGAAUGAAUAAGUUUAAUAUGUUUCUAAUUCAAUAUAUAUUUUUUUUUUUUUUUUUGGAAAUACAAAAUUUUAUGAACUA